AGUAUGUUUGUGUCAACCGCUAAAUCUGUGUUUUUUCCCCUUUAGGCGGGCGAGAAGGUCUUUUCAGUUUUUGGAGACUUUCAGAAUCCUUGCCUUCCCCUGCUCACCUGUAGGAAUUUGCCCUUCCUGCUACUUCUUGUGUGUUUGCGGGGAGCUUCUCAUUGUGCCUCUGUCACCACAGGGCCCGAGGCCCCGAGGAAAGCAGAAACGGAGGAGUUUUGGAAGCAGAAAUAAGCCCUAGCAGAAUGGUGAUGGCUCUUCUCACGGUCCUCCUGGCUGCUGUAGAAAGAUGGCUUUUAAACCUGUAUGCUUCUGGUUCUGCCUCCCCCCCUGGGAAGCAGCCCUGUCCGACUGCCACAUCCUGGGAAGAUGGACAUCCUGAUUUCUUAUUGAAAGCCUCAGGAGCCACAAAGAUGGAAAUAUACAGAAGAGACUGAAGGCUGUUUUCUCAGUUUUCCUGAGUAAAAUCCUAAAAUAUAAAACAAAAAAUGUCUGUGCAGUAGAUGGUAGGAGUUACUGCCUCAAAGUGAAUUUCAUACCAGCUUCGUGCUGUGAAGAGAGCCAUGUGAGACAAAAGUGGACGUGCUGAAGAAAGGAACAGUUCUUCAUGUCUGACCAUUUCUGGAGUGCAGGCACAUGAUUGUUUCCACAGGAGACUGCCUGGAACACCUAAAAUUAGACUGAGAUGGCCACGUUUCAUCAUGAAGGUUUCUUCUGGAGGUGCUGGUUUAGUGGAAAUGUAAGAGAGCAUAACACCAGCAUGUGGAAGUUCUGGUACACCAAUCAGUCACCUUCUAAGAUUUGUACACAUGCUUACCUCUCACCAUUUCCUCAUAUGCGAGAUGAACACAACUCAACUUCUUACGACUCUGCAGUCAUUUAUCGAGGUUUCUGGACAGUUCUGAUGCUCCUGGGAGUGAUCACUAUUGUGAUGGCUAGUUUCCUGAUCAUCUGUGCAGCUCCUUUUGCCAGCCAUAUUCUAUACAAAGCAGGAGGAGGCUUUUACAUUAUUGCUGGUGUCUUGUUUUCACUGGUAGUCGUGAUGUAUGUCAUCUGGGUCCAGGCGAUGGCUGAUCUUGAAAACUACACAAACAUGAAAAAAGUGGAUUGCCCAGACUUUGCUGUUUAUGUACGCUAUGGCUGGUCUUUCAUGCUGGCUCCAAUAGGUGUAUUUUUUGCUUUAUUAGCAGGAAUGCUGUUCUUGUUGGUAGGGCGUGCCAUUUAUUUAAAUUCAGACUAGUCAUACGCUGCCAAAUGGAGUAUAGGAAUCUGAAUGAAACUUCAUGACACAAUUUUAUAUAUCAUUACCAUUAUGACAAUCCUAAGUAUGCAGGCACACUUACGGAAUCUCUUCUGUUACUUGUUUAAAAGUAAAGGACACAAAACUCAAUACAGGAAGAAACCACCUUUAAUACCUCUUGUUGCUUUUAAUUCUAUAGGAAGUACACACAUAAUUCUCCAUAAUGUACUAUUUGCAGCAUUUUUGCAGUUUUGCAAACCAGAGGAAGGCAAAAAUACUCUGCAACUAAAAGCCCAAUAUGAAAUUGGCCAAAUCAACACUUUAUACAUUUGUCUUUUAGUAUUAAUCGUGUGCUUCUACUUGUGGAGAAUGGUACAAGAUGGAGGGAAAACAAAUGUUCAAACACAGUAAUUAAAUCUACCUCCUCUCCUGUUUUCCACUACUUGCCUUAGCUUUGAUGCAACCAAACAUCUGCAGUCUAUAAAAAUAGAGUGCAGUUGUUCAUGAAGAGUCCAUGGGAAGAGGGCAAGAGAGAAGACAAUUGCAGUGAACAGCAAUUUGGUGCUAGUCUGUACGUGUAAAAGCUUAACUGCUUCUGUUACAUUUCUCCUUUCUGUAUGCAUUUGAACGCUGUAUACUUCUGUAUUCUGAAAUUCAUGUUUGUUGCAUGAUUUUGUAAGCCAAAAUACCAUAUCUAAAUCACUAGUUAAUGUUAUGCCAAAAACUGUACUUUGAAUUAUAGCUUUAAUAUUUUAAUCAAGCAUUUGAUUUAUUUUUGAAUGGAAUAAUUGGCUCCUCCCAGAAACAUUUUCCUGGUGAUGUAACACAAAAGAUUUAUUGUGAUGGUAACACCCAGAGUAUGAAAAUGUAUGUUUUACAUAGCCAACAAUUUCUUAAAUAUUAAAAAUCUGCAUUACAAGCCAGAUCUGGCCUGGCUGCUAGUCAUCCCCUGGAAAGCAACAAGACAAGCAAAGGCAGCAAAGGAGGAGGAUCUGGUUCUGUGCUGUAGAAGUAUCUCAUUCUCAGAUGGGACUGUAUAGAUGGUAUUGAGAAGAUGGGGUGGAGAACUAUGAGGAAACUUGGUUUGUCUGGCAUUGGGCCCAAGCUGAAAUUAAAUCCAUCUGAGAGUGUGUUCAUUUUCACUUUGUAACCUAAUAACUCAAUGGGACUGAUGGGGAAAAAUAAAGACUGCAUGUUGGUUU